AGCUCGUUGGGACUUGGCUCAUGGGGACCGCGCCACCGGGGUCAGGGCUCCAUAUCCCUCUUAGAGUGGGGGAUGUGAGCGAAGCGGCUGGAGUCCGGGGGACAGGUGAGCGGCACCCCAAACCGGGACCGUGGGCGCCAUGCGUCCUCAACCUGGGACGGGAGGCGUGUGCAUCCUGAAGUCCGCGGAGCACUGUGCACCGUUUGCUGAGAGGCGGAGGCGGACUGCAUGGGGAGCGCGGUGUGAGCUCUCAGCGCUCUGCGGAGGACAGAAUGGGCUGAACUGGAACUGACCUGAAUGUCAGCAGAAGGAGUCCCUCAGCAUGCUGUGCCCACGCCACGUCCAGGUGCACUGACCAUGAGCCCCAACUCCUCCCUUGGCCACAGGAAGGAGCUGAGCAACCUCACUGCGGAGGAGGCUGGGGACGGGGGCGUCGUCACGGAGUUUGUUGCUAUCAUCAUCAUCAGCGUGUUCGUCUGCCUGGGCAAUCUGGUCAUCGUGGUCACCCUGUAUAAGAAGUCCUACCUCCUGACCCUCAGCAACAAGUUCGUCUUCAGCCUGACCCUGUCCAACUUCCUGCUGUCCGUGCUAGUGCUGCCCUUUGUAGUGACCAGCACCAUCCGGAGGGAAUGGAUCUUUGGUGUGGUCUGGUGCAACUUCUCUGCCCUCCUCUACCUGCUCAUCAGCUCAGCCAGCAUGCUCACCCUAGGGGUCAUCGCCAUCGACCGCUACUACGCUGUCCUGUACCCGAUGGUGUACCCCAUGAAGAUCACAGGGAACCGGGCCGUGAUGGCGCUGGUCUACAUCUGGCUGCACUCCCUCGUCGGCUGCCUGCCCCCGCUGUUCGGCUGGUCGUCCGUGGAGUUUGACGACUUCAAGUGGAUGUGUGUGGCCGCCUGGCACCGGGAGCCCGGCUAUACAGCCUUCUGGCAGAUCUGGUGUGCCCUGUUCCCCUUUGUGGUCAUGCUGGUGUGCUAUGGCUUCAUCUUCCGCGUGGCCCGGGUCAAGGCCCGAAAGGUACACUGUGGCACGGUGGUCAUCGUGGAGGAGGACGCUCAGAGGAGCGGGAGGAAGAACUCCAGCACCUCCACCUCCUCGUCAGGCAGCCGGAGGAAUGCCUUUCAGGGCGUGGUCUACUCAGCCAACCAGUGCAAGGCCCUCAUCACCAUCCUGGUGGUCCUCGGCGCCUUCUUGGUCACCUGGGGCCCCUACAUGGUGGUCAUCACCUCCGAGGCACUCUGGGGGAAGAACUACGUCUCCCCAACCCUGGAGACCUGGGCCACAUGGCUGUCCUUCACCAGUGCCAUCUGCCACCCAUUGAUUUAUGGCCUCUGGAACAAGACGGUUCGCAAAGAGCUCCUGGGCAUGUGCUUUGGGGACAGGUAUUACCGGGAGCCAUUUGUACAGCGACAAAGGACAUCCCGGCUCUUCAGCAUUUCCAAUAGGAUCACAGACCUGGGCCUGUCGCCGCAUCUCACUGCGCUCAUGGCUGGCGGACAGCCCCUGGGGCACAGCAGCAGCACCGGGGACACUGGCUUCAGCUGCUCGCAGGACUCAGGAACGGACGUGAUGCUGCUGGAAGACUGGACGUCAGAGGACAACGCCCCCUCCCAAUGCACGUGCCCGCCCAGGAGGAGGAGCUCAGUGACAUUUGAGGAUGAAGUGGAGCAAAUCAAAGAAGCUGCCAGGAACUCCAUUCUCCACGUGAAAGCUGAGGUGCACAAGUCCUUGGACAGCUACGCAGCCAGCUUGGCCAAAGCCAUCGAAGUGGAAGCCAAAAUCAACUUAUUUGGGGAGGAGGCUUUGCCAGGGGUCCUGUUCACUGCACGAACCGCGCCUGGGGGUGGCUACGGGGGCCGCCGAGGCAGCCGAACUCUUGCGAGUCAGCGGCUGCAGCUGCAGAGCAUCGCGGAAGGGAACGUGUUAGCUGCGGAGCAGAGAUGAGGGACCCGGCGUGGCUGGGCUGAGCCGGAGAUGCUCCCUUGGGAAGGCUUCCACAGCCUCUGCUCUGGACCUGGAACACGGGAGAGGAAACAUCUGGUGUGCAGCCGCCUGGGCGAACGUAAUGUCUCCAGUCUGCGACGCGGGCAUCCGCGUCUCAGGCUCACAGACAGCAUGGGGGAGGGGGAAGUAGGGGGUGCUGACUGUGGAAGGCGGGGACGUCCAGGAGGACCAGCGGCCCUGGGUUUGGAGGGAACCGCCGCACGGAUUGCUUCCUCGCACACCUUGUGACCUGGGGGCCCAGCGAGCACCGCCCAGACGCUGCCGAGGAGAACCCUUCCCAGUGCACCUGACCCCAGUACUGCCAAGCUGGAUCCUGCAGGAUUCACCCCCAGGCUUCUGCAGGGCUGAUACAGGAAGUGAGGGCCCCAGACCGAGCGCGGAGCACCCAGGGACAGAGCGCCAGAUGCACUUCCUACACUCGCUCCCCAGCGGCGCCCCCUGCUGGUGCCAAUGGGCGCAGCGUGUAGGCGGCUGGGGAUGGGUCACCCCACCCACCUCUCUGGACCGAUUCUUAGAUAGUUCACAAGGGAGAAACCACUAUAGAAGACGGGGAGGUACUAGGUGUUUUAUUUCCAAAAUCAGACAAGUGGUUAGACCACCUCACAGUCUCAUCAGGACUGGCCAAGUGCGGCAGCGCCACGCUGUGGCUAUUGCUGGAGGGAAUCCCUUCACAUAGGAAACUUCAAGAUAGGUUCUGUGGGUGAUGCUUGAGUGCGCAGGGCAUGCCCCAGCUCUGCGUUAGUCUGUGCAUGUCAUUUGGGACACCCUGUUACCUCUCCAGGGCAUUUGUAAAAGGAGAAAAGGGAGUGAGGUGCUGGGCUGAAUGGGCUCCAAGAUCAUUUUCAGCUCGAAUCUCCUUUGUUCUCUGAACUCAUAAAUGGGGGCAGCAUUUGUCUUCCUUUGACAUCUCUCAGUGGGGAGCACAGUGCUGAUAGAGUGCUGACCCCAAGGAUGCGAAAGUGAAGAAAGAGGGCGCCACCUUAGGAUGGGGGCAGGUCAGCAGGUGAAGGACCCACGGUCAGGCUGCUUUUCUCUCCUCCCCUUUGAGCUGGAACGGUAGCUGAAGUUGGGGAUUGGAGUAGUGGCUGCGGUGACUUGGGAAGGAAGCCACCAAAAAACUCCCCAUGCCACCGUCCUUCAGCCUGGGUGAUCAGGUGAACUAAGGCAGCAGAGGGAAGACUCCAGCGGCGGCUUGUUCUCUCUGCUAUCAGGCAGCCAGUCCAGUAAGGGAACUGCCUUCAGAGCACUUCUCUGGGGUCCAGAAACCAAUAGCUUUAUCAUCACCUGUCAGCAGUUUAUCUCACCUGCUGCUGCUUUUGGCCAGCUGAGGACUAUCCUGGGUUCAGGGGAACACGAGGAGGGUACCUGUGGCUUCUGCUGCUGAUACAUGCAGGUCAGACAGGCACUGCUGUCACUGCUGGGUAGCAUCCUGUUUCUGAGGGCAGCAUAUGUUUGCGGUGUAUGUACUGUAUAUAGCUUUUUCUAGCACUUGUACAGUUUCUGAAGGGAGUGUGUUCCUGGUUAAUUAGCAUGCACAAAGAUGGAACAGGCAGAGACCUUUACUUUUUUUUUUUUUUUUUUUUUUGGUCUUUUUCCUUUUUAUCGGUACCCGGGAUCAAACUCACGACUGCCUGCUUGCAAGGCAGGUGCUUAUGCCGCUGAGCUAAAUCCCCAGACCCAAGACCUUUUACUUUUGCAUGAGGUCUGUAGUUGGAAGUUUCUGAGUGCCCUAAACUGCCUGAGGAUCAAAGAGUUGGAGCCUGCACUAGGCUGGGCUCUAGAGAAACAGUCCUGAGGCUCCAGCCCCCGCUGACUGCCCCCAGACUAGCUGGUGUGCAAUAGAACUGAAUCUAAACAAAGAUACGCUGCAUUUCACAAAAGAAUUUGCUGUUCAGCCUUUUAAUGCAAUGAGACCUAUCCUGGUUUUGUUUUGUUUUUUGUUUUCUUGAGACAGGGUUUCUUUAUACAGUUUACUCUGAGCUUGAACUCAAAUUUGUAGCUCAAGCUGGCCUCGAAUUGCAGUGACCCUCCUGGCUCAGUCUGAGGCCCAUAUAUUUAAACAUCUGCUGGGCGCUGCAGCCUGCAGUGUGCACGGUGCCAAGCUAGGUGCUGGGGGACAGAAACACUAUUUCCUUUCCGGGUAAAGGAAAGAGACCUGGGAGGUGUGGAGUUAAGUACUGAUUGUGGAAAGGACCAUGGCUCCAGAGGAUGGUGGGUAUUUCCUUGAAGCAGAUGACAGUUUGCACAAAGCCUUGGAGCAUGUUUGGUAGCUAGGACCCUAUUUGGUGUAGUCAGGGAUUCAGAUUUGCCUGGUGGAGCUAGAGCGGAGUGCGUAUGGCAAGAGGGGAAGAGCUGAUCUCCCUGGCUGUGCACUGUAAACUGUGGGGCAGUGGAGGCCUCGGGCUUUCCUGAGGGCACCGGAGCAGUGGCAAAGGAGACACUUGGCCACUUGUUGGCUUAAAUACCUCAGUCCUGUGACUUCUGAUUUUGACAGGAUCGCCUCGAGGCUUUAUCACUGAGAGUUCCCCUCGACUCUGUGUUGUGCUUCCAGAUGCCCGGUGUGGGGCUGCCAAAGGCACUGGGACCUUGGUAGCACUCACGGCUGGACUCUGGGACGGCCCCCGGCCUCGGACACUAGGUGGCAGCAGCGAGGCUGCAAAUGUAGCCCCUGGUGGGCUGGUGCUCUCGCUGGGAACUGCAGCAGUGACCCAUCCUUGGCCUUGGCAACCGAGUGCCACUCAGGCAGCCCGCUUUCAUGUGACCUCCGCCUGAUUCACAGGUCCUGCCUCACCUCGGAAGCACACUGCGGCUCCUGGAGCUGCAGACCCGUGGCGUGGGUGGGGCCAGCUGGUGCUGAUGGGGUUUCAUUUUCAUUUGCAGAGCUGCUGUGGAGCCUCUGCAAAGAAUCCACAGACCAGGGACCCUCGUUCAGUAUUUACUAUAGGCCACGGCACUUUGGGUCAAGAAAAGGCAGGGAGGAAAAAGUGCUUCGACACAGAUAGGGAUAAGGUUAGUUUCCUUGAAGCCACGGGUAUUGUUCCAUUUCCUACAGCAGCAAAUCACUGCUUAGGGACUUGUGUCCCGAUAGACCACAAGACACACUCAUGGCAAGUGUGCAGCCUUGAGCUGUCUCCUGACCCGAUGUGACAGUGAACAUGGAGUGGCGUCCGACAUGCAUGCAAGGCACUGUACGAGGACUUCUCCCUGCUGCCCGCUGUCUCCACUUUGGUGCACGUGCGGUCAUGGUUGUGAGUUGCACUCCCACGCCGUGGCUGAAUGUUCUUGGCAAGUUAGUUGGUAUUUCUGCAUCUGGAACAUGAGGUUUUAUAAUCUGUGGCCCAGAGAAGACUGCUUUUAUACUGGGUAGUUGUGUGGAUCACGGGAACACGUACCUGGGAAUCGUCCAGCACAACCUGGUGCAGGCCGAGCUAAGCUAGUGUCUUGUUCCCUGUGUGAGGGGGCUGGAUUAUUCUUGUUUUAGAGAGAUAUCCACAGCAAGAAGUGAGGCUCUUUUUUUUUUUUUUUUUUUAUUUUUAUCGGUACCAGGGAUCGAACUCACAACUGCCUGCCUGCAAGGCAGGCACUUAUGCCGCUGAGCUAAAUCCUCAGCCCCAAGGAGUGAGGCUCUUGAACAGGUAACUGUUAUCCCAGAUUGGAAGUGUUGACUGUUGUUGCCAUGGGACGUGAUUUGAUGUGCAAAAGAGACUUCUGGGAAAGCUGGUGAGGAAGGAGAGAGGAAGGGCCCAGUUGCAUUUGGAGCAUGCGAGAUGUGAGGGAGCAAAAGUGAGCUUUUCUGUCACAAAUAUUUUUCCUAUGUGCUAAUGGCCUAUUUGCACAAAGUCUUCCUAUGCUGCCCUGAACAUCUAUGAAAGAUGCUCAAGUCACAGCACAGAACUCGGUCUUGACCUUCUCCUUGAGCAGCGCCCCUAGGUGCUGAGGGAAGCAGGGUAGAGGAGGGUGUCCGUGCUGUCACUUUAGUGGGCACAGCACCCUGAGGAAGCCUGCAGUACACAAAGGGGCAGCCAGUCUUCAUCGUGGCCCAGAGAAAUGGCUGUGACAAGCCCUAAGUGAAGUCAAGAAGGGGCAGACUGGCACUGUCACCAUGCUAGUGGGUAGGGGGAGGGACAGAGUCCUGGGAAGAGACAUUAACUGAGAGCUCCAAGUGAGUUAAGCCAGUCAGAGCCGAACCCAGGUGUGACCUCAGGGCUGAGGGGGGCAGCAGCUCUGCAGCUCAGCUGGGAGGCAGAAGGGACUACUGCCUCGGGAGCUUGGAAGACACUGAUACCUGCUGGCCAGGCCUAGAAAACAAGACAUCCUCAAGACCCAAGUCAAGUGGAUUUGCUGGAAAGAAUUUGAAGCACACACUCGAAACUGCCUAGAUUACCAAGAGCAUAUUUUUGAUCAGUGUUGUUUUUAGGAGAACAUAACACAUAAAGCUGUGUAUAUUUUCCUCAGAAGACUUUUUCCUGAGCAAUAUUAGGAAUCAGUGGACACUCGCGGUUUUUGACUACCACUGUGGAACGUAAGUCACAGGCCACUGAGCCCUCCUGGAAGGAGAGACAGGCCCAGGCAGGCAAGACCACACUGAGUGUGGGUAGAAGGCCUGUGUGCCUGGACAUGGGCCUCAGUCAGGGCCUUGGACAUCCCGAAAGGACAGCAGGGUGUGUUCCGAUAACCGACACCGCAUGAGAAGUGACUGAAGAACAAACUAUCCAACAGACAGAUGACCCAAGCCAAUCCUGAAAAUAUUUAACUUGAAGUUUUGGGAUGAUUUUUUAAAAAUAAUGUUUUGGGUUAUCAUAAAUCAGUAUUUAUAAACCAGUUAAGAGUGUAUUUAGAAUAGCUUUGUUUAUAUGAUUAAAUAUGUUUCUGGUA